GGGUUUGGGGUCGUGCCCCGGGUGUGCGCGUGCGGGGCCGUGUGCUGGGUGGCUCACCUGGCAGCGUGGGUGAGCGGCGCGUUGGCGGCGGCGGCAGCCAGAGCGGGCAGCAGGUGCACUUGAAGAAUGGAUGAUGAUGAUUUUGGUGGUUUUGAGGCUGCAGAGAUUUUUGAUGGUGGAAAUGGUGAAACGCAAACUACGUCUCCUGCCAUUCCUUGGGCUGCCUUUCCUACAGUAUCUGGAGUCCAUCUUUCUCCAGCUUCUCCUGAGAUUAUACUGGACCAUGACCAUGCUACUUCAGUUGGCUGCCUCUCUUCCGAGCCCAUCAUUUCAUCACCAGAGAACGCACACACAGACAACAGCAUUGUCAGUCAAACCGUUCCUAAAGCACAGAUUCAGCAAUCAACACACACUCAUCUGGAUAUCUCACUUUUUCCAUUGGGUUUAAAUGAUGAGAAAAGUAAUGGAACAAUUGCUCUUGUGGAUGAUUCUGAGGAUCCUGGAGCCAAUGUAUCAAACAUACAGCUUCAGCAAAAAAUUUCAAGUCUGGAGAUUAAACUCAAAGUUUCUGAAGAAGAAAAACAGAGAAUCAAAAAGGAUGUGGAAUCAUUGAUGGAAAAGCAUAGUGUCUUAGAAAAAGAUUUUCUUAAAGAAAAAGAGCAAGAGGCCAUUUCGUUUCAAGAUAGAUACAAAGAACUUCAGGAAAAACACAAACAAGAAUUGGAAGACAUGAGGAAAGCUGGUCAUGAAGCUCUCAGCAUUAUUGUGGAUGAAUAUAAGGCACUGCUGCAGUCUUCAGUUAAGCAACAAGUAGAAGCUAUUGAAAAACAGUACAUUUCUGCAAUUGAGAAACAAGCACACAAGUGUGAAGAGUUGUUGAAUACUCAGCAUCAGAGGCUCCUUGAAAUGCUAGAUACAGAGAAGGAACUGCUGAAAGAAAAAAUAAAGGAAGCUUUGAUUCAGCAGUCUCAAGAACAGAAGGAAAUACUGGAAAAAUGUUUGGAGGAAGAAAGGCAAAGAAAUAAAGAGGCAUUAGUAUCUGCUGCAAAGCUUGAGAAAGAAGCAGUGAAGGAUGCAGUUUUAAAAGCCAUAGAAGAAGAAAGAAAAAAUUUGGAAAAAGCUCAUGCUGAAGAAAGGGAGUUAUGGAAGACUGAGCAUGCAAAAGAUCAAGAAAAAGUAUCUCAGGCAAUUCAAAAAGCUAUACAAGAACAAAGAAAAAUAAGUCAGGAAACUGUUAGGGCAGCAAUAAUAGAAGAGCAAAAGCGAAGUGAAAAGGCUGUGGAAGAGGCAGUGAAGAGAACAAGAGACGAAUUGAUAGAGUAUGUGAAAGAACAGAAAAGAGCACCAGAAUGGAAGCUCUGUGAAUUUAGGGACGCUGCAGCCCACUCCCUGAUCAACAGUUGACAUGUAAUGAAUACUCAGUGAACAUUGAAUGAAUGAAUGAAUGAAUGAAUACACUACUAGCAGGCAACCCUGCUCUUCAAAAGCUGAUUUGAUUGUAUACAACCUACCCUCGGAAUUUUGACGUGUAAUAAAAGUACAGAAGUUGUUUCGUUUUGUUUUCCGGUUUCCCAUGAGUCACUUCUUCUCGGCCUUUCAGUGAGACAGACACCUUUGCAAGUUCAGUUUCCUGUCUGUUAAUGGGAACAGAAACACACCUGAGGAUCAUCUGCAACCUCGCGCGUGGCACUUGAACUUUUCCUAGUAAAGACUACUAUAGAGGCCAGUGUAAGUGGCAUUAUCACUGUCGUCUCACUGCUGUUGCUGUUUGCAGCGAUUGUCGGGGAUGACCGCUUCUGGGCAGGAGGGAGUCUUCCAGAGUCUAAAUCUCAACCCGAAAAUAUCUUCCUCUUACCUGGAAAGCACUUCCUAGGAAAACAGAGUUUUCAGGUAGUUUUGCUUCAGGACCAGUGGGCCUCGCUCCUUGUAUAGUAUUAAAAAAAAAAAAAAAAAGAAAAGAAAAGAAAAAAAGAAACUAACUCAUGAAGUGUUUUACCAACUUGCCUAAAGAAGAGAUGGGAAUGCACGGGGAAGUCUCAGAGCCAAGCGGAGCUCAAAUAUAGGCAUACAUCUCAGCAACACCUCUGAGAAAAGCAUCUCCUUUAAAUACAUGUUUGUACCACUUCAACAUCAGAAAAAGUUUUUCCGAAACAGUUUUUUUUUUUUUCCACUGCCCAAUAGCUAGAAAUUUCUUAGGAAUGAGUGUCUUCCCUAAAACAACAAACCGUCUUCUUUUAGCUCUGUGCCCUCAGAGAAAAUAAGACAGCCUCAAAGAUUUGAGUUUCCAAAGCCUCAGCACUUGCAGACAGUAAGCGGAAUAGCAGGAGACUUCACCCACGGUCACAAUCUGGUGGUGCUGUGGGAAAUCUGUUUUUGGAAGCUAAAAUCAAUGGGAAAUCCUUGAGCUGGGAGACUCUGAGGUUUAGCAGCUUAGAUAGCAGAGCUGGUAAUAUGCUGACCAAGAGAGCUGAAGAAAGCCCUACGUCAGGGAGCGCUUCUACUGAGGCUACGUUAGGAACACUUUUACCGCUGGUUAGCUUAGAACUUCUCUGUCCAAUUUCAACAGAAAUUUCAAGAAUCCUCAGAUUCCUUCUCAGAGGUGCAGGGAGCAUCUUCCAUGCUAGAGUCAGAAAGUGAGGGGCGCCUGGGUGGCUCAGAUGGUUAAGCACCUGCC